UGGUUCUGUCAGGCUUCAUCCACAUUCAAUUCCAGCUGGCGAGAGGGAUCAGGACGCAGACGCAGGAGAUAUCGCUGGAAAAGGGGCCGCGAGACCUGCACUGUCCAUCACCUUUUCAUCUCAUGUAACCAGACAGCGUCUGCUGGAGUCUGUUAUUUCAACUUCGUCACCAGAAAGAGACAAAAGGGAGGCGAGAGAAAAUGGGACAUACCGCAGCGUUACCUAUACUGAUGGCUGUAUUGUCCUGCUGCGUGUGGGAAAACGUCGAGGCUCUUGCCAUGGCCAAGGUGACUGGGCCAGGCCCCCAGGAGGCAGAGCCGCAGAUUGCCAUGUACUGUGGCCGCCAGCUCCUGCACAUGAACCAACAGACUGGACAGUGGGAGCCGGAUCCUCAGGGCCGACAGGGCUGCUUCAAAGAUCCCAGUCAAAUCCUGUCCUACUGUCAGGAGAUGUACCCAGCGCUUUCGAUCUCCCAUAUAGAGGAGUCAAAAACAUCUGUCACCAUCCGCACCUGGUGUAAGAAAGGUUGGGGACACUGCCAGACACAUCCGUUCAUUGUCCUGCCGUACCGCUGUCUAGAGGGCGAGUAUGUGAGUGAGGCUCUGUUGGUUCCCGACCGGUGUCGAUUCCUCCAUCAGGAGCAGAUGGAUGCUUGUGAGAGUUACGUGUACUGGCACAACAUUGCAAAAGAGGAAUGCACUGCAGACAAUCUUGAGCUUCACAGCUACGGCAUGCUGCUGCCAUGUGGAAAUCAUUUCCGGGGCGUGGAGUAUGUGUGCUGCCCAGGUCGAGGGAAUCCCGCUGGUAAAGGAGACGCAGAGGAGAGAGACGUCCCUGCUGGUCUUCAGACAUUCACGUCGCAGACCAGUGGAAAACUAAGUUCUGUUACCAAAGUAAUGGCUCCCACCGCAAGCCCCUCUCCUGACACAGAUGUAGAUGAGGCAGAUAUGGAAGAGGAGGAUGAUGAAGUGAUGGAAGAAGAGGAGGAGGAGGAGGAGGAGGAAGAGGAGCAGGAGAGGGUUGUCGAUGAGGAGGACAUGGAAGAGGAGGAGGAAGAGGAGGCAAUAGCUGUGAAAGAUCCAGAGGAUUAUGAAUACCCGACUGACUCAGGUCCCGACCCAACGUCAGACUAUCUGGACUCUUUUAACUAUGAGAAAAGCCGCAAAGCAACUAGCUCAUCAUCAGUGGUGAAGGACGACAGCUUGACUACGCCCCGUCCCACAGACGGCGUUGAUGUUUAUUUCGAGAAGCCCGUGGACGACACCGAACACGCCAACUUCCUGCGUGCCAAAACCGACUUAGAGGAUCGCCGAAUGAAGCGCACCAAUGAGAUCAUGAAGGAAUGGGCAGAGGCGGACAACCAGUCAAAGAAUCUGCCAAAGUCAGAUCGACAGGCGCUGAAUGAGCACUUCCAGUCUGUGCUGCAGACACUGGAGGAGCAGGUGGCCGGCGAAAGGCAGAGGCUGGUGGAGACUCAUCUCGCCAGAGUUGAGGUAAUUCUCAACAACAACCGCCGCCUUGCACUGGAGAACUACUUGACUGCAGUACAGUCGGAUCCUCCACAGGCGGAGCAUGUUCUGCAAGCACUGAAGCGAUACAUGGCUGCAGAGCAGAAGGACCGCAGGCACACGCUCAGGCACUACCAGCACAUUGCAGCUGUUGACCCCAAGAAGGCCGAGCAGAUGAAGUUCCAGGUGUACACACAUCUCCAUGUGAUUGAGGAGAGGAUGAACCAGAGUCUUGCUCUGCUGUACAAGGAUCCAACUUUGGCUGAGGAAUUGCACAAUGAUAUCCAGGAGUUGGUCAAGGCAGAGCGAGGAGACAUCAGCGAGCUCAUGACAACCUCCUUCUCUGAGACUCACACGACAGAGGUGCGCCUGCCGGCUGAGAGUGAGGAGGAGAAGGAUGAUGAAGAAGAGGAGGAAAGAGCCUUCCAGAACAGGCCGUAUCCUCCCCGCAUCGAACCACAAUCUAAUAAGGAAGGUUGUGAAUUUGAUUAUAACACAUCUGAGAAAGGUCCUACUUAUGAAUAUGAGGAAAAGAUCAACACCUCUGCAGAGCUCAAGCAGGUAGUCAACAAGCCUGCUGAGAUCGCAAGAGAUGAACUGCAACCUGAUGCCUUGGAGACAUUUAACCGUGGUGCCAUGGUGGGCUUGCUGGUUGUGGCUGUGGCAAUCGCCAUGGUGAUGGUAAUCAGUCUGCUGCUCGUGCGCAGAAAGCCAUAUGGAACUAUCAGUCAUGGCAUCGUUGAGCAGGUCGACCCCAUGCUGACACCAGAGGAACGGCAGCUCACCAAAAUGCAAAACCACGGCUACGAAAACCCUACCUACAAAUUCUUUGAACAGAUGAACUGAGAUGCUGGGCCCACCAACAAGUCAUGCCUGACCACUUCUACCACCACCUCCCCCCUCCCCCCUAACCACCCCCGUCGUAACAGUGGUACACUCCUCCUCCCUUUGACGGAUUUAUGAUUUGUUAAAAGAUAUAAUAACUGAAUAAGUGUGGGGUGCAUCCCAAACCCAUUGUAGAUGACCAACAGCAACCUAGUACCAUUACCAGAAUGUGAAUACUAAGAUAUGAUGCAAACUUUUAUAAUCCUCUGGGUUAGAGUCAAAGGAUUGUUCUUUACUUUUACUUUCGUGCUGCACAACUUUUCAUACUCCGGAAGACAUUCACAUCGCAGGCAGAAAAACAACAACAUCCCAGCGGCAUGACUUGACCUAUUGCUCCUCACUAGACACUGAAGUUGAACGGUGCGUAAUGCUUUGUAGUGUUUAUAUUUCAGUAGUGGUCUAUUUGUUUGAAAUUGUACCACGCGUUGAUCUAAUGUAUCUGUGUAGAUGAGCGUGAGAGACGGCCUCGUUAAAUGAAGGUGUCAUUUUAAAUUUGAAACCCACUCAGAGAUAAAAAGGGCAAUUAUCGAGCUUGUUGUCAGACUACCCUUACCUCCACGUGUGACUGUAACAUUCGACAAUACCUCUAAUAUUAGGACAUUAAGCGCGGAUGAGGAGAUGGUUGCUUUGAAUGUGUGCGAUACUUUACGUUAGAAAAAAGAAAAAGAAGAAAUACCACACCAGUUGAUAUAGAAAUGUGUGCUGGUGGUACAAAAAAAAACAACAUGCAAUUGACUAACGAGGAUCUUCCCCUCGUUAUCAUUGAUUAUUUGGGCAAAAUAUACCAAAUAUUCCAUUUAGCUAAUUUAGACAACGAAUGAGUUCAUUUUAUUUGUACUGCUACCCCAAAAAAAAAAAAAAAAACACAAUAAAACAGAAUAAUCCGAAGUCCGUUAUUUUAAUUAAAGCAUGACAACUUGGUGUAUGAUGCUGCUGUAUUUAUUUGUGUUGUUCCCGUCAUUGCUUUUGGAAAUGUCAGAAUGGACACUGUAAAUAACGUACGAAGAUGUAGACAUUUCUAUGAUUAAUUUGCAUUGAUGUAACGGAAUAAUACAUAACAAUAGUACAUUGUGCUGUUACGAGAGGGAGAAUUUUUCCUAACAUGGCUGAUUGAAAACGGACUGUUGUAAAAACCAGCACAAGACAACGACACAGUAACUUCUUUCUGAAUGUAUUUAAGGUAGACGUCGAGAUUCCAUUCGUUUCUUUUUCAGUAAUGCAUCAUUCACUGUAGGACACCUUAAAAGGAGUAGUAACGUUCAACGCGACUAUGAGUCAGACUUCAGGCCUGAUGCCCUUUCUCAUCACCUAAUGUAGCAGCCUGUUCAUUUUCACACUGGACAGAACAGAGGGACUUCAAAGUCAGGCAGCGUAGUUUAGAGAGACCACAGCUAAAGUAGUGACAUGUCGGUGUGUGUGUUCUCAAACACUCAGGCUUGAUAGCAGUAAAACACACUGCUAAUCUACCAAUUUGACAUAUUUGGGACAUAACAUUAAAUAUUAGCACUCCAUUAAAGAACUAUAUUUACGUUACUCUCUUCAUUAAUAGCAUUUCACCAAAUGACUCACUGUAGUUUAUUUAUGGUCAACAUAGUACCCUGUAUAGGUAAGUAAAAAGUAAAAAGUUGUGUCAGAUCAACCGCUUAGUGUCAUUUUGAUUUAAGACCAUCUGAUGGCUCCGAAAAGUUGUUUUUGGUUCAUCAGGCUUUAUUUUUAUAUGUGUUACAGAUCGUAGAGAUCGUUCAUACUCUAUGUAUCCCACACUGGUGGAAGAAGCCGUUGUUUGUCUAUUCAGAGGAAACAUUGUUAACUUGUAACUUGUGCUUUUCUUUUUGUAAAGUUUGCUUUGAGAUGUAGGGAAAAGUGUCUGACGAUAAGAGUUUUUGAUUGAUUUAUCAUUAAUCUUCGGUUUUCUCUCGCUAGGCAGGACGGAUUGCAGGUCGCAGUUGUGUUAUGACGGGUAAAGAGGAGUCAUAGCUCUUGUAUAAUUUGUACAGCUACCUUAGUGAAUGAAAACGUUGUAUGUUCACAGUUUAAGUCAGUCGAUCUUGUAAUGAUACUACUGAAACCAUAGAUGAGAAUAAGCUUGCCUGUGUUUCCCAAACCACUGAAGGUUUCCUACCAGCAUUUAGCAGACUUAGAAUGGUGUAUACUGUAGUUACUCAAAUCACAUUUGUACGUACCUCCUCUGUCGAGUUCUAAACUCAUUUGUUGGUCUGUCCCCUUACUUCCCAACAAAAUAUAAACAAUGUUAUUGAGAUUUUAAUUGCUGCAUUAUUGCCUUUUACAAUGCUGUGUUUUGGAUGUAAUUAUCCUGUAUUUUUUAUUUAUAUGUAAUACUCGGUUGGAUUAAGGGUCAUGCUUUUCACUCACACACGUAAUUUUAGAAGUCUGUACGGAAGAAAAACAAGUUUUUAAUGUUCAGAAAUGUGAAAUAUAGACAGACAUAUAGCCUCUGCCUAAUUGACAAGGAGUGGCACUAAGCACAAGUAGAACUAAAUUACUCCAUUUGUGUACAGGUUGCUAAGUGUUAGAUAUUGAUUCUGUCUGUCUGAUUUCAAUUAUAGCGCAUUGAUUCUAGGGAUGUUGAUCGCAUCAUUGAGGGAGCUGUUCUUCACUUUCAUUCAGACCUUUUAACCAAAGACAUGCUCCACAAAUAAGCAGACAGAUUCUGAUUUGGCAAAAUGUCCUCUGUUGUGUAACUGUAUUUGUAAGCAAUCUGAGAAAUUAAAACUGGUCGAAGCUAAUUAAAAGUGUAAUAAAAAAAUGAGUGACCCAUAAA